UUUAACUACAGUUGCCCCUCUCUCUCUCUCAUCUCUCUCCGAUUCCUUUCCCCUCUCUCUACUGUGUGGGGAUAUACACCUGUUAUGCACAUAACCCUAUAGGCUUCUCUAUCCUCCACUCUCUUUUCUCUGACCACCUCCCUCCUUGGAAUGUUAUCUUUAGUCCGCUUAUCUGGACAUUGCAAACAUGUGGUCAUUCUCUUUUGCUUCUGAACAUUGUGAGGGGAAGACGUAUACUGGUGCUGGCUCCCUUUUAUAGCCCUUCACUGCGGAGAAACGAAUCUUCGGCUUUCUUGAAGAGAUCACGCAACUCCAUCCCAUAUCAACCCUGUCCAUUGGAUAACAGCCUCCAUAUUUAAAUCGACUUAUAUGAACGCUAUGCAGCAAUGAUCAUAUAGGGAACGCUAUCCUGAAUUAAUUAUUGUUCUCUAAUAAUACGCGUUUGAUAGCAACGUACCAUAUUCGUUGAUGAGCGGACAAUCUUCUUCUUCUUUAUAAACGACCGGUCUUAUUAAUAUAAAUCGUAGUGGGCCCUUAAGUAUAUUAUGUUUGUUUAUUUGAUUAUCUGUAAAAGUAUAUCUCAUGCCUUAGCUUUAUCCACCCUUCGGAUAAGCAGAUUAAAGGCGAAACAGUAAAUCAAUUACUAUUGUCUUUAUAUUCCUUUGUUGACUGUAUGCAUGAUAUUGAAGCACGAACCUGGUGUUACAAAUGGCGACCUUGCCAGGACUUAUGCUUUGAAUAAUACAGUUACUCAAUGUUUAUAAGCUAAAUUAUUUUUUUCGUUCAAUUUUACAUGCAAUUUUUUAUUUCACUUGUUUUCGGGAGCCAGUACCAGUGAAGGUUAUUUUGUAGUAUAUAAUGGCCGAAUAUAAAGCAAACUUGUUAGAGCCAGCUAGGGCCCUAUGCAAGAAAGAGGAUAUUGCCUUAGAUAUGGCAGUCCUCCUCAUUGGGGAUGAGGUGGAUGAUACUACUGUUGAUGUUGAUGAGUUAUUAUGUGCUAUUUCUGAAGUAGUGAACUGUGUGCAGAGUGCAGCGGUGCUAGAACGACAGCCUCACUGCAAGUCACCCUCUAUCGCCCUACUUCUGGAGCUGGACCAGAAGGUUUCACUGGUCACCCUACGCGACCAAGACAUACAUGUGCCCAUAAGAGGAACCCUCACGCCCUUUCAUCUAGUGUUGCUAGCUCAUCAAACAAAACAGACAAGGCGAAGAGUAACACUAGUAGAAGCUAGAGAAAAGAGGAGUGCAACUCGAUCGCGAGUCCCAGAGUUCUCCCACCAGCCAGGAACAAUGCCUCGGGAAGGGCAAGAUCAUCGCCUGAUGAAAGACUUUUUCAACAUGAGCCUCCACUCAAAUUACAGAAAGCUGAGGCCUUUCUCAGGAUCUCUCUCGCCAUCGCGUGACGAAGAUGGUUUCGACCUGUGGGUUGAUCAGGCAGAAGGGCAGCUGCAGGAGUGGACAGCAGCCGGCCUUGAAGAGGUAGAAAAGCGGCGGCGAAUUAGCGAAGCCCUCAGACCCCCUGCAUCAACCAUUGUGAGGGAUCUGAAGCUAAGCAAGCUGCAGGCAUCCGCAGAGGACUAUAUAUCAGCCCUUGAAGCUGCAUUCGGCACCACCGAGAGCGGGGAGGAGAUACUCCUUAAGUUUCACGACAUGGCGCAGCAUGAUCAGGAGAAACCCUCAGAGUUCAUCAUGCGGUUGAACUUUACCCUGAGACGGGCAGUACGAAAGGGAGGAGCGCCUCCGGACAGGGCAGACUACCUCCGGCUGCAGAAGUUCAUCCGGAGUCUCUAUGAUGAGAUGCUCCUAGUGAGUUUAAGGCUUAGGGAUCUCUUACAUGACCCACCCUCCUUCAUCACCCUUCUAAGCCAGGUGAGGCGAUAUGAAGUGGAGGUCGCAGAGAAGAGACAGAGGAGACCCGUCAAAGGGAGAAGUCUCCAAGCGGUAGUGGAAAGCCCUACAGAACCAUCAAAUGCCAUGGAGGUGCGGCUUGCAAGGCUGGAGCAACAGAUGAGGGACAGGGGGGCGACAUCUCAGGACCCGGUAGUUGUGAAUGCCUUCCAAACCCCAGACACAAACAAACAUCCUAACUUCUGCUACAAGUGUGGGGAAGACGGGCAUUUUCGCAGGAAGUGUCCAAACCCCCCUAACCUGGCUGCAGUCAACCGGAAGCUGAUCGGUUGUCUCAGUCAGGGAAACGCCUUUGGGUACCAGAGACGGAGCCGUCUGGGGCCCGAGUCCACUCAAGCUCCAAACAAGACAUACCCGCCACGUCAAUGA